AUGACCCAGAUCUACACCAAAGCGGAACAGGUUAUUGUCUGGCUGGGUCCGGCGGAGAACAACUCCGAUGCCCUUAUGGAGUGUUUGCAAGAGAUUGGACAAGAGGCCGCUGACCUGGCCAUCGAGAGCUAUCUCACCAAGGAGCGGCUGCCGCUGUUGCACAAGAUCAUGAGAAAUGAGAAUCCAGAAGACCCAGUGUCUAUGCAGUACCAGCCCCUAAUGGCCAAAGCCGUGGCCAAGCUCAAAAACCUUUUACACGAGAUGGUUGCUUGGAAUGAGAGAUUGUGGUUCACUCGGGUCUGGGUUAUCCAAGAGCAAGCUCUCGGUUCCGACCCGUUCUUCCUCUGCGGGUAUAAGACAGUAAGACUGGACUUAAUUCCCUUCGCCAUGCUUAUCUGGGACGGAUGCGUCUCGCAGGCGACGGUCGAGGUGCCGCCUACUGGAGCUGACGAGUUUAGACGGCUUCUGCUAAAGGCCCAAGACCGUCGCUCUAGUCCUUUGAUGGCUGUGAGACGUAGGCGCCGAAACUUCCUCAAGGGCGUAGGUCCGGGAGAUGACUUUUACCACGUCUUGAAGAAGGCAUAUGUCGAUGGGGACGCCCAAGCGACACAAAGUAGGGACAGAAUCUACGGGCUGCUCAGUAUUGCCACUGAUGCGGAUAAGCUGGGGAUUACCCCAGAUUAUGUCACUGAGGAGAGCCAUCCCACCUUCAUCGAGGCAGCUCACGCUCUCGUUCGUGUUGGCCGCAUAGAGAUGCUCUCAUUCUCGCAGUUCCCCAAGGACAUUGAGGGGCUGCCAUCCUGGGUGCCGGACUGGAGGUCAACACUGGAACAUUCGUACUUGUACGCCUUUGAGGACGCAGAUAAGCUCAUUGUGCAGGCUUCUGGCGAGAGCUCGAUCGAGCUCGUACCCACGGACAACCGCGGCGUGCUCGGGAUUCGGGGUAUGAUUGUCGACAUCAUCGAAACAACAGGCGAUGUAUGGAGGUGGGAAACAGACCGAGAAUUCCGCUACAAACUUCUCCAGACGAUCAGAACCUUGUGCGAGGAGGCAGCGGCAAAGGGAUUUGGCCACGAGAUUUACGAACAUAACGACAGGCAGGCGGAAGCCAUGUGGAGGGUGCCCGUGGCAGAUCUGUACUGGACCAAAGGGGUCAGCUACCACCGACCCGGUUCAGCCGUCAAGAGCGACUACGAGGACUGCAUGAAUGUCCUCAGGCUACUCUCCCUGACAUUCGAGUCCUUCCCCCAAGAGGAACGCCAGCAGCUUUUGGACGAUUUCUACAGACAGAUUCCGGGGCAGUCCAAUUACAGCGAAAACAUGGACAAGCUGUCUGGUAAGCGCCCGUAUAUGACGCGGCAGGGAUACUUGGGCAUGGGCCCGGGCGAGGCAUGCCCGGGCGAUGUGGUGGUGAUACUGCUCGGCUCUCGGAUCCCGUAUGUCCUGAGACCGUCCGGAGACGGGACGAUGUACUGUUUCGUAGGGGAGGCAUACUGCGAUGGAGUCAUGGACGGCGAGUUGUUGACUAAGCGGGAGAAGACGACGUUUCUGAUUGCUUGA